AUGAGCGACAAAAUCAGCUCAUGGAACGUCGCCCACCGCUUCGAGAAGCGGCAGCUUCUCAUCGCCAUCAACUGUGCCGCAGCCCUAUCAAUCCUCAUGUUCGGCUACGACCAGGGUUUAAUGGGCGGCGUCAACAAUUCCAAGAACUACAUUGAUCUCAUGAAAUUCGGUUAUACCAAAGACGUCGACGGUACUCCAACUCCUAUCGUUACCAAUAGUCUGCUUCAGGGAGGUAUUGUCUCCGUGUAUUAUUUGGGGACACUCUUCGGUGCGCUCUUGGGAGGAUGGGUUGGUGAUCGUAUUGGGAGAAUUAGGUCGAUUGCACUGGGAACGAUUUGGGGGAUUGUGGGGGCUUGUUUGCAGACUUCUGCACAGAACCAUAAUUGGAUGAUUUGUGCUCGAGCGGUUAAUGGGAUUGGUACUGGCAUUCUCAAUGCUAUCAUUCCGGUGUGGGCGACGGAAACAAGUGAGCACACUUCUCGAGGACAAUUCAUCGCCAUUGAAUUCACCUUGAACAUCUUCGGCGUUGUUAUUGCUUACUGGAUGGAAUUUGGUCUCUCAUUCAUCGACGGCGGGAAAUCAGCUUUCAGAUGGCGCUUCCCCAUAGCCUUCCAAAUCAUCUUCCUCCUCAUGCUCUUUGGCAUGAUCUGGUUCUUCCCCGAAUCACCCCGUUGGCUUGUCAAAGUCGGCCGGGAAGACGAAGCUCGAUACAUCCUCGGUCGUUUGCGUGGCAACACUACGCCAGAAGAACGCGCCAGAGCAGACCUAGAAUUUCGCGAAAUCUUGCAAACUUCUGAAUUAGAAAAGUCGAUGACGCAUGAUCAUUCGUAUCUGGCGAUGCUGUUUGGGUACAAGUCUGGGAAGUUGCAUCUUGGGAGAAGGGUGCAGUUGGUUAUUUGGUUGCAGAUUAUGCAGGAAUGGACUGGGAUUGCGGGAGUUACAGUCUAUGCACCAACUAUCUUCUCGAUUGCCGGGUUCAAUGCACAGAAAAGCCAAUGGAUCAGUGGCCUCAACAACAUAUUCUAUAUGUUCAGUACCUUGAUUUGUGUAUUCACUUUAGACCGUAUCGGCCGAAGAUGGACACUUUACUGGGGCUCCAUUGCGCAAGCUAUCUCCAUGUUUCUCGCCGGCGGACUCUCUAGACUUGCCAUCAACGCUUCAAACGUAGGGGAUGUCUCUAAAGCCUCUUCAUACGGAGCGGGUGCAGCGUCUAUGAUCUUUAUUUACACUGCCGCCUUCGGGGCUACUUGGUUGACAGUGCCUUGGCUCUAUCCUGCUGAGAUCUUCCCGCUCGCAGUUCGUGCUCGUGGUAAUGCCUGGGGCGUGGUCGGAUGGAGCAUCGGAAAUGGCUGGUUGAUGCUUGUCUGCCCCGUCAUGUUCAACUCAAUUGGCGAAAAGACACUCUACAUAUUUGCUGUCUGCAACAUCCUUACUAUCCCCAUGGUUUGGGCUCUAUAUCUCGAGAGCAAUCAGCGUACGCUUGAAGAUAUGGAUCUUCUUUUUGCGGCCGAUACACCAUGGAACUGGGAUGCUGAAGAGACGUUUGCCCGCCUUAAAGAGGAGAACGGAGAUUUCGUACAGGCACCUGACCGCAAGGCGAGCUUGAUGGAUCCGGAGGCGGCAAAGACGGCACAUGAAGAGGUGUCUACGACAGAUUCAUGA